UUAAAUCUCCUUUCUGAUCAAUCAAUUACACAACAGCUUUCAACUAUGGCUGACGCACUUGUUUCCAAAGUCUUGGAAGAAUUAAUCUCAAUCAUUGCUAGUGAGAUAGAACAAGAGGUGAGCCUCGUUGUGGGUGUGAAGAAAGAAGUUCAAAUGCUGACCACCCAAUUCCAGCUCAUGAAGGCCGUUCUGGUGGAUGCCGAGAAUAAACAACUGAAGAAUGAUGCAGUCAAACUUUGGAUGCAGAAGCUCAAAAACAUCUCCUACGAUAUGGAUGAUGUGCUAGACGAGUGGACCACUGCAAUUCAGAAAUCCCAAAUUAUGGGAGAUGAACGUGUUUCAGCUAAGAAUAAGUGGAAGGUACGCUGCCUAAUCUGCUUCUCUUGCUUUCGUUUUAGAGAAGUUGGUGUACGUCAUGAUAUUGCUGUCAAGAUUAAAGAUCUUAGUGAAAGAUUAGAUAUCAUUUUUGAUGAGCAGCGUGUGUUCAACUUUGUUAGUUUUCAAAAGGAAACUAAACAAGAAGUUGAGCGACCUAUAAGUGCAUCUUUUAUCGAUAUGACAAAGGUCCAAGGUAGAGACCAAGAAAAAAAUGCAAUAGUGGAGAAGUUGUUGACUGAGAGUAGCCAAACACCAAGCCCCCACAUCAUCUCUAUAGUAGGUAUGGGCGGGAUUGGAAAAACUACUUUGGCCAAAUUAGUCUACAACGAAGAUAAGCUGAAAACCCAUUUUGAAACGAGAAUAUGGGUUUGUGUCUCAGAUCCCUUUGAUGAGAUUAAGAUUGCCAAGGCAAUCCUUGAAUCUCUGACAAAUGGGGCCCCAAAUUUACAUGAAUUGCAAACCAUAUUGCAAAACAUACAACAAUUUCUUGGGGGAAAGAGGUUUCUUCUCAUACUUGAUGAUGUGUGGGAAGAAAAUUCUGCAAAAUGGGAACAAUUGAAAGAUUGUCUCAGUUGUGGUUCACCAGGAAGUAGAAUUUUGGUGACCACGCGUAAGGAAAUUGUUGCAAGUGCGAUGGGUUGCAUUGACAUAUACGAAAUAGGACAAUUGUCCGUAGAAGAUUCUUGGUCAUUAUUUAGUCAAAUUGCAUUUUUUGGUUGGAGCGAUGGAGAGCGUAAGCAAUUAGAAGACAUUGGCAGGAAAAUUGCAAGUAAGUGUAAAGGUUUGCCUCUUGCAGUGAAGACUUUAGGAAGUCUUUUGCAGAGUAAAAAAUCGAAAAAAGAGUGGCAAUCCAUAAUGGAUAAUGAGGUGUGGAAACUAGAAAAGGCUGAAGUUGAUCUUUUUCCCCAUUUAUUGCUUAGUUACAAUGACUUGUCCCCACCAUUGAGGCAAUGUUUCUCUUAUUGUGCCAUUUUCCCCAAGGACCAUUUGAUAGACAAACAAAAAUUGAUUGAGUCAUGGAUGGCGCAUGGUUAUCUUAAGGAAACACCAAGAAUGGACAUGGAGACACUUGGUGAAGAGUAUUUCAAGCAUUUAGCUUCGCGCUCUUUCUUCCAAGAUAUCAACAGAGUUGAUAAUAACAUUCCUCUCGAAGCCAUUUUGUUUGGCAUUUCAUGUACAUGUAAGAUGCAUGACAUAGUGCAUGACUUUGCCCAGUAUAUUACGAGGGAUGAAUGUUUUAGCAUGGAGGUUCGUAGUUCUGUUGAGCAAAGUACGGAAUACAUCCGUAAAGAAGCACGUUAUUCAAGGAUAGUGCUUGCAGAAGAAGGCUCGUUGCCGGACUAUUUUUAUGAUGUAAAGAAACUACGCGGCCUCGUAAUUCAAUCCAAAGGAGGUUCGGUGAUCAAAGCAGUGCUACCUAGUUUAUUCAGUGAAUUAACUUGUUUGAGAUCGUUGGAUCUAAGCUGUUGUGAUAUCGAAGAAAUCCCACCAACAAUAAGACAAUUGAUACAUUUGAGGCAACUUGACUUGUCUACGAAUUCUGAACUGAAGCUAUUGCCUGAAGCAUUGUGUGAAUUAUAUAAUUUGCAGACCUUAGAUAUUGGAGAUUGUAAUAAUUUGGAAAAGGUGCCCGAUGGGAUUGGAAAACUAGUCAACUUAAGACAUCUGCAUAAUAGUUAUACAAUCGAUGCUCUGUUGCCGAGAGAAAUUAAAAAACUGAGUUGCCUUAGGACUUUAGAGUGGGUGAAUGCUGGUGAUGAUAGAGAAGAAGCAUUCUCUCUUGACGAUCUAGAAAGCCUGAACCUUCUUCAAGGAUUGCUUGCUUUAAUGUUCCUAGGGAAAGUGAGCAACGUGGAUGAGGGUAAGAAAGCACAUCUCAAGAAAAAGAAAGGAAUCGACACAAUGCAUUUAUAUUUUCAUGGAGAAGAAGGGAAUUGGAGAAUAAAUCACGAUGAAGAAUUACUUGAAGUCUUAGAACCACACCCUAAUUUGGAGGUUUUAAAUAUAGUUAGGUAUGAAGGCACAGUUUUUCCAGGUUGGAUCAUGUCAUUGAUUAAUUUGAGGCAUCUUAAGCUGGUCACUUUUACCAACUGUGAGAAAUUACCUCCUUUGGGAAAGUUGCCAUUCCUUGAAGAACUUGAUUUGGUGGGAAAUUAUCGCCUGAAAAAGUUGGGCAUUGAGUUUUUGGGAAUAGAAACUUCAAAUCAACAUGAGAUUUCAUCAUCAGCCGUUGCCUUCCCCAAAUUGACAAGACUUUUGUUAAGAAAGUUGGAGGAGUGGGAAGAGUGGGAUGAUGGAAUGAACACGGAUGGAGAAGAAGAUAUUGCUAAUGUAACGAUCCUGCCAUGUCUUCGUUCUUUCAAUAUUUUCGAAUGCCCAAAGUUGAAGCUGGAGACACUACCAUAUUACCUUGUCCGGAAGUUACCUGGAUUUGAAGACUGCUCAACGAAAGAGGAAACGAUGGCAAGGGCAAGAGCGCAAUGGCAAAAGGCUGAAUGGAAUCAAAAGAUUUGCGUCAUCAUGUGAAAAUCUAUUCAGUAGGGAAUCUUUCUGAUGCAACUAGAUACUUAAUGUUAAUUCAAACAGUAGUAGAGAAUACACAAGUUCAAGGCACCUUACACACUGGAAUUCGAGUUAAAGACUCAAUGGGUCAAUGCAAUAUAGUCAGUUACAGUCAAAGCCAUUUUCAACUAGUUGCAGAUUUCUUGUUUCUUUAUUCCAUUUUCUUGCUUCACUCAUACCUUAGCUAUUUCAUUGCUUUCAUUUGAAAUGCGUGUGUGUGUAGGGCUUUCGAACCUUGGAACAAUUGUUACAAUUCUGUAAGAAAUGCCAUACAUUCAUCCAUCAUAUGACUAUAGCAUAAAUAUCCAUUCUCACUUUUGAAUUAUACCAAAGUGAGUGUCCUACUAUUUUAUUCGUUCCUUUACAGUUUAAUUAUUGCAUCUAUUAUUUAUCCCUUUCUCUAAUGAUACGAUGGUUUCAAACAACUUUCCA